UAUUUAAACAUUUGACAAAUGUCUGCUGAGAAUACAACUGAAAACACUCAAACUCGUAGACGCGGUUCUUCUUUUGCAUUAACAAAGCCUAAGGUUCUCAGACCUUUUAAUACAGCUGAAGUCAAAAUUCUCUUAUUAGAGAAUGUGAAUGCUACAGCUAUUGAAGCCUUUAAAAAGCAAGGUUAUCAAGUUGAAACUUAUUCUAAGGCUUUAGUGGGUGAUGAAUUGAUUGAAAAGAUCAGAGAUGUGCACAUUAUUGGUAUCCGUUCUAAGACAAAAUUGACCAAGGCUGUAUUGGACGAAGCAAAGAACUUGAUGGCUAUUGGUUGUUUCUGUAUUGGUACAAACCAAGUUGAUCUCAAGACAGCUGCUGAUAAGGGUAUUGCUGUCUUCAAUUCUCCUUUUAGCAAUUCUAGAUCAGUAGCAGAGUUAGUCAUUGGUGAAUUAAUCACAUUAGCCCGUCAAUUGGGUGAUCGUAACACAGAAAUGCACCAGGGUAUUUGGAAUAAGGUGUCAAAGAAUUGUUAUGAGAUCCGUCACAAAGUGUUGGGUAUUGUCGGCUACGGUCAUAUCGGUUCUCAACUCUCUGUCUUGGCUGAAGCUAUGGGUAUGACUGUCUACUUUUAUGAUGUAUUGCAAAUCAUGCCUAUCGGUCAAGCCAAGCAAGUCGAAAGUUUAGAGGAGUUAUUAAGCAUUUCUGAUUUCGUAUCCCUCCACGUCCCCGAAACGGAAGAUACAAAGAAUAUGAUUGGUGAAAGGGAAAUUAUGACACAUAUGAAGAAGGGAUCUUAUCUUUUGAACAACGCCCGUGGCACUGUUGUUCAAAUUCCAGCACUCAUCAAGGGCUUAGAAUCAGGCCAUCUUGCUGGUGCAGCCAUUGAUGUCUAUCCUAAGGAGCCUGCUGCUAACGGUCAAAACUUUGAUUACUACCCUGAAUUAUUAGCUGCCAAGAACUUGAUCAUGACCCCACAUAUUGGUGGUUCUACUGAAGAAGCUCAAAGUAUGAUUGGUAUUGAAGUCUCUACUGCCUUAACCAAGUUUGUCAAUGAAGGUUGUUCUCUUGGUGCAGUCAACUUUCCUGAAAUCGAUUUGCGUGCCAUUUCUCAAGAAGACAAAGACACUGUCCGUGUUCUCUACAUUCACCGUAACAUUCCUGGUGUCUUGAGAGCUAUUAACGAAAUUUUUGCUAACCAUAAUGUUGAAAAGCAAUACUCUGAUUCUAAGGGUGAAGUUGCUUAUGUGAUGGCAGAUAUCUCAAAUGUAACACAAGAACAUUUGGAAUCACUUUACAAUGCUAUUGUUGCUACACCUGCCAAUAUUAAGACCCGUGUCCUUUACUAGGUUAUGGCUUGUGCAAAAAAAACAAUUAAUAAAAAUAGCUAUAGACACACAUGAUGCACACCAUGGUUUAUACAUGCAUGUCGUUUUAACCAAUGAUAAAACUGCAUCGGAAUAAGUCUUGAUUUGGGAAAUAAGUUCAGAUCGCAUGGCGACCUCCCUCCUUUACAUAUAAAAAGAGACUCUCUCCCUUUCCUAUUUUUUCUUAUAAAUUAUCAUG